AAACAGACAUGGCAAAGGCCUUCAGUGUGGGAGGCAGGAGCCAGCGCAGAUUAAGGGGCUCAUCGCACAUACCUGAGUCCUGGAGCAGACAUUCUGCCUUGGACCAUGGUAAACUAGUUGAUUAAACUAGUUAAAUGACAGGACUUUCAGUAGUAUGCUCAUGCAGCAAGCUCAUAAAUAACUAGCCAUAGGCAAAUAAUUAGUUUGAUCCCUUCCCAGUUAACCUUUGACCCCCACGUUGCCCCCGCCUAAAUGCUACUGCACAGAAUUAAAGGCCUGAAUUACACACAGAAAAGGAAGAGUGUGCACAGGCAUAGACACAGUCACACACAGGCGCAUACAGACACACACAAACUGCCACGCACACUGACACACAUUGACACACUGACACACACAUACACACACAUGCACACACACAGACAUGCACACAUAGACACACAUAUGCACACACUAACACACACACAUGCACACACACUCCUUCCCUGCAUUUGACUCUCUUCAGACAUUUGGUGACACUUGGUGUUGGAUCUUGAGUGCAAUGGGCGUGGUUAAAGGACAGCACACAAAUGGACCGGCGUCUGCUUGGGAGGGGGCCGUGUUUAACGGGCAGUUACAGGAUAGUGUUAACCAAAAGGUGUGUCUUUAAACAGGUGACGUAUACGGGACAGAAGGACAGGGGUUCAAAUCUCAGACGUGCUAUCAGUGCCAGAACUCUCGGCUUCCAGCACACGGCCAGGACUGAGGACAGGACAGUGGUGUGCGCGUGGCGAACUCAGCGGCAUGCAGGCGGGGUCAGCGGUCUCCAUGGCAACCUGUCCACCUCCAUGAGCUUUGCUGAGAACACCAUGAACGAGCUGCUCGGCUGGUACGGCUACGACAAGGUGGAGCUCCGCGACUCGGACGACCUCGACAUCCGCAGCUACCCAGACGGGGAGGCCCGGCAGCACAUCUCUGUCCUGAAAGAAAACUCUUUGCCAAAAGCCAAGACGCGGGACGAGGGUGCUGGCUCCCCGACAAACUCCAGUGGCUCCCAUCACACAUCAGUGUCACGCAACGGGACAGAGACCUCCACUGGGGCUUCCUCUUCCUCUGUCAGCGCCAAGGAGCACGGCAACAUUCCCAUCAUCGUCCCUCUCAUCCCUCCCCCGCUCAUCAAGCCACCAGCAGAGGAAGACAUGUCCAGUAUACAGAUCAUGUGCGCCUGGUGUCAGAAGGUGGGCGUCAAGCGGUACUCCCUCAGCAUGGGCAGCGAGCUCAAGAGCUUCUGCAGCGAGAAGUGCUUCGCCGCCUGCCGCCGGGCCUACUUCAAGCGCAACAAGCUGGGAUAUCUAAGGAGUCCCACUGCAAGAGACGAAGACUGCCACGGUGAGAGUUUACCACAGCACAGCUAUGCUAAGGAAACGCCCAGGCUUGUCUUCAAGAUAAACAGCGAUGUUCUUGUGUGUGACUGGUGUAAGCACAUCCGCCACACUAAGGAGUAUCUGGACUUUGGCGCCGGUGAGCGCCGCCUGCAGUUUUGCAGUGCCAAGUGCCUGAACCAGUACAAGAUGGACAUCUUCUACAAGGAGGCCCAGGCAGCCUUGCCGGGGGCACUGUGCGGCACGGGACACCCCGCCAUGGAGGGCAAGCCCGACGGCAGCACGGGGGUGCAGCUGCUCACACCCGAGUCCUGGAACGCCCCGCUGGGCGAGCUGCGGCGGAAGGCCCCGUCCCCGGCAGGCGUUUGCUCCACCCCUGGGCUCUCCGCUCCCAGCUCUGCCUCUCCGUCUGAGCCUGGAGUCGCCUCGGGCCCUUCGUCCUCCUCCUCGUCAGCCAAGAUCCCCACCCCAGGGCCCCGGCCCCAUGAGGGUACUAGCCUGCCCCCCCCCAUGCCCGCCCUACACCAGGCCAUGGGUGUGCCGCCGGGCAGCCCCCCCAUGGUGAUGACGCACCGGGGUCCCGUGCCACUACCCUUCUUCAUGGAGCACCAGAUGAUGCAGCAAAUGCGGCCGCCCUUCAUGCGCGCCCCCCCACCUCACACACCGGGGCCCAACAGCCCUCUGUCCAAUCCUAUGAUACCCGGCAUCGGACCGCCCCCACCCCCAGGCCCACCCAAUGGCCCACCCCCCCGAAGCCUGGGCCCCCCCCCCAGCCCCAUGCACAGGCCACUCCUCUCACCCCACAUCCACCCACCGCCUGCGGCCGCUGUUCCCAUGGCGCCCCACCCAGCAGCCCACAUGCCCGGCCUGCCAUUCCCCCCGGUCAACAUGAUGCCCAACAGUCACCUGCCCGUGCCACCAGUGAUGAACUUCGGCGUGCCAUCUCUAGCCCCGCUGGUGCCCCCCCCCACGCUACUGGUGCCCUACCCCGUCAUAGUGCCGCUGCCGGUACCCAUUCCCAUUCCCGUGCCCAUCCCUUUCAGCCCCAAGGCCUCAGGCGACCGCCCCGGUGACGGUGACGCCAUUCCCAGCGCCUCCGGGGAGGGGGGCGAAUCCAAGGGCCCUGGGCUGUUUUCCCCUGGUCCGCCCCCCGGGGACGCCGGAGAGCCCCGGCAGGGCCCCUCCAAUGCCAGUGAACUGUCGCCUGGCCUCUCUGGCUGCUCCUCUGGCCCCGAGCAGGACCGGACUGCCGUGGUCGACCUGACCGUGAAAGUGGAGAGCCCGGGGGGCUCUCAGUGUUCGCCACCCGUGACCAAGCCUCUGACCACGCCCCCAACUACACCCCUGGCCACACCCUCUACCCUUGAAGGUGUGAUAGACUUGACGCUGGGUCGGCGCUCACGGCUGCAGCAAGUAAUCCAGCGGGCAGCGCCCAGCACACAGGUGAAGGCGGAGCCAGAGUCCCACCCCUUCCUUGGUGAGACCGCAGGGGGGUGUGGCUAUGCGGAGGCCACAGGCGACAGGGAUGUCUGCAGCCCCUCAGACCCCAUUGCCCUGCCUUGCGGUGACCCCGCCUACUGUGCUGCCGCCAACAGCAAUGCCCCGCCCACGCUCCAGACGUUACCCCACACCCCGCCCAGCCCAGCGGCGCCCUGCAACGUCAUCGUCAAUGGCACCCGGUCGCCGGACGGCGGGCCUGCCAGGAGAGCCCCGCCCCCAGAGGAGCCGGCACUCAGCGAGCUGGAGUCGGCGAAGGAGAACACCUGCACCAGCGCGGAGCGGGAUACAGGUAAGCGGGCCCCCUCGGAGGAGGCCGGGGCCCCUGGGGACAAACAGGACCCCCGGGCCGCAGACGAAGACCACGCCUACGCAUUGCCCGUGCUGCCCAAGGCUGGCUGCGUCAUCCAGCCUGUGCCAAAGCCCGCAGACAAGAGUGCGCUGAGCCCCUGCGGCAUCGCCACGGCCCUCCCCGGCAGCGGAGCCCCGGACCUGCAGCCCCCGCCAAAGAGGAGGUGCCUGCGAAUUCGCAAUCAGAACAAAUAGAGGCAACAGCUGUGAUUAAAGGCAGCGUUUCACUGACGGGAUGAGAACAGAUGUGCCAGCCCAGUGCCACUGCCCCCGCCCUGCCCCGCCCCACUGAAGACAACACCAGCGUCCCCCCCCUCCCCGAAGAUACACACCCCCACUCUGCCUGCAGCUGCUUGCUACCGCCAUCUCAGCUGAGCUUUUUGGAUGCCGUUGCCAUCACCCACUGCCUGCCCCUGAGCUGCACUGGUCUCACAACAUCCGUCCUUUGACCUUUGACCCAUUCCCCUCUCCCCAUGAGAACCCUAAUGACGUUCCACCUCACAAGACCUCCACCCCACCCCUCGGAACCGUCCAGGUCUGGUAGGUCAGCUGUCCCGGCAGGCCGAGGGCUCACCUACCGACGGCAUGUCGUCAUGGAGACGGGAGCGGUGGGAUGCACGUCGAUGCACAGGAGGGUCACGCCAGGCCACUGGGAGUUCAUGCACUUUUCACAUGCGGUCUAAACAUGGUCUGUACUAUAGAGAGAACAGCCCCCUCAUCUCACAGAUGCCGCAUAUUCUGUGGGGGUGGGGUUAGUGAUAAGUGAUUCAUCGAGGGAGCCUGUGAGAUGCAGGGACUUAUGGGUUACUGGCCUGACUGAGUGCCAAGGAUACUUGGUGGAUGUUUGAUCUUCUCUGCGUUCCUUCUUCUCCUUUCCAGGAGCCUCGCCACCCACAAGAGCACACGCACACACACGUGCACACACGCGUGCACACACACGUGCACACACGCGUGCAGGUCCACACACCCCCACCACUGUCUGGAAUAGAGCGGUUGUUUUGAAUAAACUUCUAAAAGGGGUAAAACAAUCUGUGGGAACAUUUGCCCUCCACUGUUAGAGGAAGGAGAAGAAAAGGCUGAGGGCUGAAAUUUCAGCCCUGGUACGCAGCCCCACUUCCUCAGACCGUGGGGGCCCACGCAUGCCGAUCGGAGCAGUCCGGACAGAUCCACGGGCGGCUCUGUGCUCCCAUUUCACUGUUUACUUUAGUGCUUUUGUGGUUUUUGGAGACAUGUGCAAUUAAACUGUCACCCACUGAGUCAAGGAUAACAGGGUAUGGGCAAACGCACGCAGACCUCACCAGCAAGCUCACCGAACUCACAGCCCUGCCGGCCCCCCGCCCCCAGUGCGCACUCCCGCCAAAGAUCUGGUACGACGCGGCUGAGCAGGGGUGGCUCGUAGCUUUAAGUUACCUUGUGCCCCCAGUCCGAUUAGAGCUCGCUGCUCACCAGCCUGAUUCAUGACGUUACACUCUAAAGCUCUGGGGAGCAGGUCUCACGCCACGCAGCAGUGGCGCAUGCUCGCCGUAGCCCCCUGGUGGCCAGAAAUACCUCUCGCCAUGCUCCACGCGUCCCGCUCGGUCAGGUGCUAAAAAGUGUCAUUUGCAACUGGUUUUGGGGGGGGGCGGGGGGCGUAGAGCCCUAGAGAGCUGAGGGCAGGGGUGGCACAGGAAUGGAGACACUCGCAUUCCCUCUGAAAAAGACGAACAGGCACAUCUCACAGAUCAACAGGCAGGGCGCCAUCGCUGAAGAUAGUUUUACUUAGACAGUCCUUGAGAUGAAAUGUCAGUUCUCCCCUCAGAUACUUCAUACGCCUUUGAAUAAUCUCCCUCCUUACCACUGCCAGUAUUAUCCUCCAGUCGUCCUGAGUGUCAGAUGCUUUCCGGCUGAAAGAGAAAGAGUUUGGUGUAAUUAAUUCAAUAUCGAAGGCGAUUUCUGACACCAACACCUGUUCUGAAAUUUCACUUCCUCUGUUACAGCUCCCAGCAUCCCCUGGGGCAUUCGUGACCGCGCAGAUCGCCAAUGCCAAAUGUCUGUUCCUGAGAUUUAUUCCGUGCGUAAGUCAGCGACCUUGCCUGCGAAGACGAGACACCAGAUUUAUCAGUAUUAUAAUUUAUUCCUCUGUAUCGGCGUAAUAUAAUUGCUGUUCCAUUAAUGAGUCGGGAAUUGAAAUGGGAGCGUGACCGUUCUUGAGUGGCUGCCAAGCGAGCCGUGCCGGCCAGGACGCAUGGCUGACGCAGUGCCAUCCUAAACGCCGGCGCGUGUAACGGCGGAAUGCCGCGCGUUACCAUGCCGGCCAGGAAAGCCAGCGAGUUUUUCCUGUUGGUGUGAAAUCCAAAGAAAGUCGCGUCCAGAAGAUGCCCAAAUAGGGGAUUGUGGGAGCUUGUUAAACACCCCGGGGGUCCCAGCCAGGCCCGGUCCUCCAGUCUGCUUGUGGGGGGGAGGGGGGGCAGAAGUACCCCCUAGCCCCCGCCUGUCCCCGUCUCUCCGUCUCCCACUUUCCAACCUUGGAUGCCAAACAAAGAGCAAUACAGCUCAGCUGACCCCCCCCCCCCCCCCCCCCCCCCCCCGACUGGCCGACUUAGAUUUCAUGCUGGUUUAAUUUGUUUUUUUUUUUCACUUGAGGUCUAAUUGUUACACAUUUCAGCCAUCUCCCCUUCAAACUCGGCUCUCUCACUAAUGUUUGAUUUUUUUUUUUUUUGUUGUUGUGCUGAAACUGGAUCUCUGCUGGGGUCUCUACACCCUGAGCAUUGGUGUCGAGUUACAGGCACAUGGGGGCGCUCUGUGGGGGCUCUGCAAACUGGGGUUGGCUACCUCCCGGCGGCGCUCCCCCCACACCCAGGACCGAAGGGAUGCCGUGGGGAGCGCGCAGGUUGCAGGUUUGACGGGGCCCUGCUCGCAUGGCGGAGUAGCCGCUUCAUGUGCCCCCCCAGCUCCAGCUUUGCUGGGCUGCAUCAAGCUCCAGCACAGGGAAACCCAACACCGACGUCCAGAUUAGAGAGUGUUGACUCAGAGUGGGCCGUGUAAGCGGAGCCCGGCUGCGCUGCUAGCCGGCAUGGCGGCGGGGGCUCGCUUACGCCUGGCGCGCCUACGCCUGGCACGCCUACGCCUGGCACGCCUACGCCUGGCACGCCUACGCCUGGCACGCCUACGCCUGGCACGCCUAUCUGAUGGCACGCCUACGCCUGGCACGCCUAUCUGAUGGCACGCCUACGCCUGGCACGCCUAUCUGAUGGCACGCCUAUCUGAUGGCACGCCUAUCUGAUGGCACGCCUACGCCUGGCACGCCUAUCUGAUGGCACGCCUACGCCUGGCACGCCUACGCCUGGCACGCCUAUCUGAUGGCACACUAAUCACCAUUUUUCCUCCUUCCUCUUUUCAGCUGCCCCUGUAGCUCUGCGGCGUGCUGGGCUGGGGAACUUGUGUCCGCACACGCACACGCACAUGCAUGAGGGGUGGGUCACGGGGGCCACGCCCAACAGCAGAAGCCCCCCCGGCUGGCGUCACCUCCCCCAGGCCAGCCCUGCGUGCUGAGUAACACUCCGGGUGUUUCUGCAGAUGCAGGAGGGAGACUGUGGCGCAUGAACUCAGAGUGCACACUAGAGAUAUCCAGCUGGGGGCGCUGUUUGCAUGGACUCCACAAAUCAAACAGUUUAUGUUCCAUUCAGCACACCCCCCCGGGGGGUGUUUGGGUAGGCGCCCCCCAUGAGAAGCUUGCACUCACUGACACCCCCUUAUAUAUUGCUGAUAGCGAAUGCAUAAGGGUCACAUGCUGCAGCGCGUCACUAAAACGCUUCCCCCUAAUCAGAUCAACACCUCAUGUAAUCACAAUCAGCCUGAUCCUACAGGCCAUAAUAACCAAUAAGCACAAACACCACCAUACUGGAAUGCGUCGCAUUGGCCCAGUGAGCUAAUCAUACCAUAGCCGCUCCUCUGUGGUAUCUGCGGAUACAUCUAGACUUACCACCGACAAUCCAUCCAAUUGCAGCCCUGGUCAUGACCGACAGAUACUAUGAACUUGCUAGAGAAGCCAGCAACUCGCUUAUUCUAGAGCACAUGCAUGGUGAACUUUAGCAGAUUUUUCGCGCAGGUUGAUAGCCAGCCUGGCUAGCGAGGGAGCGCUCGCCUGUGUGCUUGAGCUUACUGAGGUAUGAUUUUAGGUCCGGGUGGGUACAUCAGCACCAGCGCGACCUUGCCCGUGUCACCUGAGCCCUCGGGCUGUCCGCACAGAUAUAGAACUGAAACUGGAGAUUGUUUGUAGUGACUGUGGUUCCUGACAGUCAUGGCAGUCUAUUUUACACAAUAGUUCCAGCAGGUCUUUCUCUGUCCGGCUGCAUGGUGGCCCUCCAAACCCCUGUGGUCUGCAGCGCCGCCACAGUCCCCGGCUGGACCCAAGGCAGGUGCCACCGCUUCCUGCUUUCUGAAUGGAAGCAGUGAGGCUCAUUUGUCUGCAGGGCCUUAGCCCUUCAGUCUGGUUUAGAGUAAAGAGAUAAAUAAAGACAAACACGUCUGUGUGACACUAAGCUGAGCCAUGUGUGCUGGCUGGCUGGAAACCUACAGUAACAUAAACGGCCACCAAGUGGGAGCGUUGAGUCCAUCCCGGUUUUACCGCGGCUGCCACUUCAGGGCGCUGUUCCACAUUAUCGAGAUGCUGACGCUUAAACCCCAAGCUGCUGCCAGAACACGUAAACUGGCAGAAACGGAACACGACGUUAAAUUUUGGAGAAGAAGGCAUCUUCUCAGGUCCCCGAGGCCUGUGGCUGAGCCUCGUACCAAAACUGUCCCUCAGUCUCCACCUUGAUCUCAGCUUAGACAUAAAUUGCACCAACCUUUUUGAUGGAGGGUAUGAGCAUGGGUCACAUGACCUGGUUAGACACCUGGAGGGGCGGCAGCCGCGGGUUUCCCUGUCACUCCGCAGGGGGGGGGGGGUGUGCCUGGGGCCCUUGUUAUGCAAAAUCCACUGGAAAGUUCCGGAAGGACACACAGACGUUUUUAAUGUUACUUCUUAUAGGUAAUCAGCGAAUCUGCCUUAAUUUUCACCGGCACGUUCCACGGCCCCCACCUGACGGAGGUGCCAAUGAUGCUCUGUCUGUUGUUCAGAAAAAAACUCACUUUGUAAAAACAAGACAAUAAAAACCGAAACGACUUUGUUAUCUCGCCCGUGUUGAUGUGUAGAUGAUCAGCUUUUCUGUAUAAAACCCUCAAAUUUUGCUAAAGACCCCCCCCCCCAACACGCCCUGCCCCUCACCCACACUCCCCUGUACAUUGACCUUGUGGUGGACAUUUUUGUGUACUUGCAGAACAUUUUAUAGUAUUAUUUAUUAAUGACAAGUGUUUGCAUUUGCAAAUGAAUAAAAAAGAUUCUUGGGCAAAGAAGUCUGGAUGCAACAUAGUUGCACAAUGAAGAAAGAGUCUGUUUGCUCAGCUGAGAGAAGCAGAAAGGACAGAAAAAAUACCCGUGUGUUUAUAUUAUGAAAUUGUUACUAUAACUUGUCGCCAAGGUUGCUUUAAAAAGUAUGAUUUUUUUUGUGUUGUACCUGUAUUUGUUUUUUUUUCCAGUGAAUUGCUUAUUAUGACUAAUAAACAGAG